ACAUGAGAAUGAACAUAAAUUCCUUUCUAUUAUUUUCCAUUCCUCCCAACCAAACACACCCUUAUUCCUUUUAAUUUCCCCUACAUAUUUGUCAAGCAUCCUCUUUCUUCCGAUUGUAAUCUGAUAAUGGAGAUCUUAUCUGAAACUACUGUUCUUCUUGUAACACUACUAGCCCUUGUCGUUGCAUACUUGAACUUCAAAUUCAAAGGGUCAUCACCUUCUCGAGGCAAGAAACUCCCGCCGGGGUCCUACGGCCUUCCACUGAUAGGAGAGUCCAUAAGCUUUGUGAGGGCACAGAAGCUGAACAAGACUGCUCAAUGGAUUCACGACCGUGUCAACAAGCAUGGACCGGUGUUCAAAACCUCAAUUUUGGGUUCAAAAGUGGUGAUCCUGACCGGACAAGCUGGUAACCGGUUUGUGUUCAAUGGCGGCGAUGGCGCUCUUUCGCUAAACCAACCGAAAUCUGUGACCAAAAUACUUGGAAAGUACAGCCUCUUUGAGAUCACAGGGUCUAGGCAUAAGAUCAUUAGGGGUGCCGUAGCUGCGUUUGUAAAACCCGAAAGUAUUCAAAGAUACUUGGGAGAUAUGGAAUCUGUAAUCCAGCAAAAACUCUUCAAGGAACUUGAUGGUAAGGACGUGGUAUAUGCCGUGCCAUUGAUGAAGAAGAUCGCGUUUAAUGUCAUUUGCGGAGUAUUUUUUGGAUUACCAGACGACGACGAAAGAGAUGAACUCUUGAAAGAUUUUUCAACGACUGUAAAAGGGAUGUGGACUGUUCCAGUGGAUUUUCCAGGAACAGUGUUCCACAGAGCAUUAACAGCACGAGAAAGAUUGUGUAAGAAACUGUCGAAUCUGAUUGGGAUUAGAAGGAGGCAAAUUGAAGAAGGGACACCUCAUGACGAUGUCAUCACAAGCUUUCUGAUUCUCAGAGACGAAAAUGGCGAGCCUUUGUUUGAAGCUGAGAUUCUUGACCUUUCACUGGCUUUGAUCAUUGCUAGCCACGACACCGUCGCUGUUGUCCUCGGCCUCUUCGUACGACAGCUUGCUAAGGAUGCCGAAAUAUUCGAAAAGGUUCUUGAAGAGCACAAGGAAGUUGAUAAUGCCAAAAGGGGAAGAGGGGGGGAGAAGCUCAAUUGGAAUGAAAUCCAAAUGAUGAAGUAUACAUGGAGAGUGGCUCAAGAGCUCAUGAGGUUUGAUCCACCAGUUUUUGGCAACUUUAGACUUGCUGUUAGGGACAUUAAGUUUGAUGAUUAUGAUAUUCCCAAAGGCUGGCAGGUCUUUUGGGCUACAUCUGGGACACAUAUGGACAACAACAUUUUUGAUGAUGCAUUCAAGUUUGAUCCUUCACGGUUCGAGAGUCCGACGAGUUCAUACCCUCCGUACACCUACAUUCCGUUCGGAGCAGGCCCGAGAAUCUGCCCCGGUGCUGAGUUUGCUCGGGUCGAGAUUCUUCUGGUGAUCCAUCACAUGAUCACGAAGUAUAGAUGGAAACAAAUGAUUACUGAUGAGCCCAUCACUCGGCAGCCAGUUCCAUUCCCUGCCAAGGGCCUACCUAUCAUACUUUAUCCCUCCAACCACGUAUAGAAACUAAGGCUGCAGGUAAAUCUAUUAGGUGCCAUGUUUUAUUAGACUCAAGAGAGUCCAUCUCAUCAUCAACUGCCUCUUG